UUCAUGCAUGACAAUCUCACAAACCUGCAUAUCUUUUAUGCUGAGAUAAGCAACCGGUGUACUAUUUAAAAAAGAGGAAAGGGUUGUACCACAGGACAGUAUUCAGGAAGUGUGCUGUCAAACUCAAACUUUUGACAGGGUACAUCCUGUGUGAGAAGCAGAAAAGCGAACAGAGCUCUGCGAAAAACAUUUUUAGCCCAUUUCAGUUCAACAAGACAAGUUUGUCCUACUUUUAGGUGGGGUAAUAAAAGGAUGGAGGACACACUUCUAAGUGUGUUUGUCGUGGUUGUGAGUCUAAUACUUUCAAAGGAUCACAAUGUGUUUCACGAACAAGAUGAUGACAUUAUAGUGAGCAUGCAAGACCAUGAGCACUUUCUACUGAAGGAGAAGGCAAAGCUGGAACAAGGAGAGCACCCUGUUGCCAUAGAGCUGCCAUAUUCAAAUCAGGAAGCAUCACAGAGUCACCGCAAGCUGCCAAUAGAGGGCCACGUGUCAGAUGUUAAACAAAUCGAGCCAAAUGUCGAGACAAAAGUGUUGCAUGAAGAGCAAAUGUCCUCAAUGGGGGAGCAAAAUGAGUUCCGGCAAAAGGCAUCAGAUGACCAGGAAAUACUGAGUAUUGACAAAGACAAGUGGACUGUGCAUAUGGCAAGUGAAGGUCCAACAAAUGAGCAAGUCCGCUUAGGGUCAACUGUGGACCAGAAUGUGUCUCAGGGGGAAGCUGAACAUCCGGAAGAGCCAAAAUAUGACCGGAUCGACACCCAUCGUGAACAUCAAGCUGAUGAAGGAUUUGACCAAAAAAUACCAACCUCAAGCCAAAGGUUGACAACAAGACCUCAAGAAAAGCAACCGAAUGACCAAGAUGUCACUUUCAUCUAUUUCCUCUGGAGGACAUAUUCAAUAAUUUCAUUAUUUCAUUUUUUGAAAAGGUUCCUGAAGAAGGGAUCCAAAACGCAGAAGAUGUUGAGAUCCACAAACGUCUCCAAAAUAGUUUCUAAUAUCGAUUACAAGACCUUAACUAGCUUCCAUAACCAGUGCGUUGUGCUCCCACGAAAUCACAGCUGGCAAACCUGCGAGUUCGUUGAAGGUUUUGUGAACGACCUUUUGGAAACUGUGAGAAAUUCGAGCACUGCAGGUGCAGAUAUGGAGAUUGAGGACUUUGUUGGCAUUGGCAGCUUUUAUGAGCAAUGGGCUUCAAGGAAGAGCGUUGUGUGCGACAUACAUGUACCCAUCAUCCCACCAAAGUCGUGUAGCUUUGAGUUUACGCUUUUGAAAGAAAAUAGAGGUUCAACUGCACAGAACAGUUGCAGAAUCAAGAUGGUAAAAAAUUCAGGCAACUGCCAUUGCAACAGUUCCAACAUAGAUAAUCCUGAUGAUGAUGAUCUGUUGUGUCUCCUACAUCUAGAUAACAAAAUCGAUGAUCAUGCACCUGACAAAUGCAUUAAUGAUUUAUGCCAAGAGAAUACCUCAUAUCUUGCUAAAACUAAAGUUUUGAAGUGGUUUAAAAGCACCGUUAGGAAAGCAUGGAACGAGAUAAGCCAUAAGUAUGAUUUUGAGCUCAUAUUCCGGAACAGGGAGAACCCUGGAAGUCUUAAAGUUCGGUUCAGGUCAGGUCGGGUUAUUCAGUUCAGACUUACACCUGUGGUCAGGUUUAAAGACUCGGAGGCACAUCUGAUGUCAUAUCUUCCCUCUGAUGUAUUUUCAGACACUUACUGGCCUGUAUGUUUUGCACGUUAUGAAAAUGCUCUUCUUCAACACCUAACCAAUACGCUUCCAGACAACGCUUGCCAUAUUUAUGUUCUGCAGAUGCUUUCUUUUCUACAUAAACACCAAACUGGCCUGACUGGGCCAUGCGGGCUCACAAGCUACCACUUAAAGACUGCGCUAUUACAUCUUCUGCUCAAGAAAACUUUACACUGGGAGCCUGAGCAGAUUGGUUGCAGGCUCAAUGAUCUGUUCACUUUUCUCCUAGAGAAACUCAACGCUAAAAUGCUUGACCAUGUUCUAGUUGCAAACCCCCUCAUUCCUUGUGUAAUCGGACUCCCAAAAGAGUUCACAGAGGGAAAACCCGUUAACCUGUUUUUGCCGCUGUUGUCAGAUGACAAGUUGUAUUUAAAAACCAACAGACACUUGCUGGAGAUGAUCAAGAACAUGCCAGUGCUGAUACAGGAAUAUGGAUCAGUGAGAAAUGCGCUUCAACAGAACCACUUAUAAAAUGAGAUGUGCUGAAAACUUGUUAGAAUUGUGUACUUUUUCUUGAGAUAUGAAUGUAAAGCCUUGAGUAUACUUUGUGGUCUGUGUACUGGACAAAAUGUCAUUAAAGUAGGUAAAUUUGCUGCCCUUUUUUCUAACCUUACAUACAACAUAAAAUCCACUCAUAUAUGCACUUUAAGUUGUUGUUUCACAACAUGGCAACACUGGUCUUGUUUCACAGCCAAGGUCAUCCUACAAGGCCAUAAUCAAGAGUGCAUGUGAAGAGGUUAAAAGAUGAAUUCUUGUUUAAAAGGUACAAAUACAUCUCAUAUUUGAGACAGAAAGUGCAAGCUAUGGAUGAGGAUCAGCUUUUCUAGUGUCAAUCACAGUUUACAAACUAAAACAGACAGUAGUCAGCAUUUAAAGUGGAUCAAAACAGUUGGUGUUAGUCCUAAUGGUUUUUGGGCUUUCAUAAAUGGAUUUGAUCAAUUUCAAAUGUUGACUAUAGUAUAAUUGUUCUUUUAUUUGACUUUGAAUUCAUGCCAACGUACAGCAGAUGGCACUCUAGGCUAGUUUGAACACCAAAUAGCGCUCUUGGCUACUUUUGAACAGCAGACAGUACGAAUUAAAGUAUACUUUGGGCAUGAAUGUUCUUAAUCACAUCAUUGUUUGCUUUUGGGGUGCAAAUAAACUAUGAAAGACAAAA